AGGGAAGUGGGCGGGGCUCAGUUCGAACUCGAGUCCCGCCGCAUAGAGAAGUGUCAUGUUUCCUUUGGUAGAGAGCAUGAACUUAAACCAGUCCUCCAUCAUUAUCCUCUGUGGAGAGGUCUGAUCAACUGACCGGCUCCAGCUUCUCAUCGGCGGGCUUUCAUGGACCAACGUCGCGGUGGGUAGACUGUCGUUAGCUCCCGGGUUGCGGUCCGUUAAUUCGGCUGUUUAUUUUUAAGUUACGGUGAGAUGAUGGCGGAGGGAGCAGACAGCGGCUCGGCUAACCCCGCGAAGAGGAAACAAUCAGCGGAGAGGAAGAGCCGUCUGAGCCUCAAGAAGAGCUCCAGCAGCCGGGUGAGUCUGGAGAAAGUUUUGGGCAUCAGCACAUCCAGCAGCAGCGGUCUGACCUGCAACCCAAAGUCCGGACUCAUUGCCUACCCGGCAGGCUGUGUCAUCGUGCUGCUUCACCCGAAGAAGAACAAACAGAGUCACAUCAUCAACACGUCCAGGAAGCCCUUCAGCACUCUGGCCUUCUCCCAUGAUGGAAAACACCUGGUCACUGGAGAGAGCGGCCACAUGCCCUGCGUGCGGGUGUGGGAGCUGGGCGGAGGUCAGGUGGCCGAGGUCCAGACCCAUAAAUACGGAGUUUCCUGCGUGGCGUUCUCCACCAACAGCUGCUACAUCGUGUCGGUGGGAUACCAGCAUGACAUGACCGUCAGCGUGUGGGACUGGAGGAAAGGCGCCAUCAUUGCCUCCAACAAGGUGUCCAGCAGAGUGCUCGCCGUCUCCUUCUCUCAGGACAACAGCUACUUUGUCACAGCAGGGAACCGACACCUCAAGUUCUGGUACCUGGACGCCUCCAAAGAGCGACGGGUGAACAGCACGGUGCCUCUGAUUGGUCGAUCGGGGUUGCUCGGAGACCAUAAGAACAGCAUGUUCAGCGGUGUGGCGUGUGGGCGUGGCCUCAUGGCGUCCAGCACCUACAGCGUUACCAGCUCGGGUCUGCUGUGUCUGUUCAACCGGAGCCGGAACCUGGAGGCCUGGGUCGACCUCAAGACGGCGGCGGCGAGCUGCCUCGUGGUCAGCGAGGACCUGAUCUUCUGCGGUUGUGCUGACGGGGCGAUCAGGGUCUUCACCUCGUCCGGCCUGCAGUACGUCAGCACCCUGCAGCGGCCCCACCGCCUCGGGGUGGACCUCAUGCAGAGCACGCCGCGCGGUCCGCCUCCCGACGGUCCCGCCCGGUACCCUGACACCUUGGCCGUGACCUUUGACCCCGCCGCGCGGCUCCUGACAAGCGUGUACAACGACCACAGCGUGUACGUGUGGGACGUCCGGGACGUGAGGAGCGCCUGGAAGCUCUACUCUGCUCUGUACCACAGCAGCUGUGUGUGGAGCGUCGAGGUGUAUCCGGAGCUCUCCGAUGUGUCUCUGGCGCCGUCCUCCUUCCUCACCUGUUCAUCCGAUAACACCAUCCGACUGUGGCACACCGACCCCCCCACUGGACUCCGAAACCAGUACAGCCACGACCUGCAGAGGAUUCUGUACGUGGGGGAGAACACCAAGCACCUGCAGGCCGAGAGUGAGAGGGGGGGGGAGGCUGCCGCUGGGGCUGAUGGGAAAGCGGGCAUCAGAGUUCUCAGCAUCAGUCCUGAUGGACAACAUCUGGCAGCCGGAGAUCGUUGUGGAAACCUACGGAUCUUUGGUCUGGAGUUCCUGGACCAGCUGGUGAAGAUCGAGGCUCACGACUCAGAGGUCUUGUGUCUGGAUUUCUCCCCCACAGCUACAGGUGUGAAGCUGUUGGCCUCGGCCAGCAGGGAUCGGCUGAUCCACAUCUUCAACUUGGAGAAGAACUACACCCUGGAGCAGACGCUGAGCGACCACUCGGCCUCCAUCACCGCCGUCAAGUUCACAGGCCACAGUCCACAGGUGGGUUUGGUGAGCUGUGGAGCCGACAAGAGCAUCUACUUCAUGUCAGCUGAGCAGGUGGAGGGGGGGCUCAGGUUCUCCAGGAGGCACCACGUGGUGGAGAAGACGACGCUGUACGACAUGGACCUGGACUCCUCCAGGACUCACGUCUCCGUGGCCUGCCAGGACCGCAACGUCAGGGUCUACAACGUGGAGACGGGGAAGCUGAAGAAGUGUCUGAAGGGCUCCAGCAGUGAUGAAGGCGCUUUGCUGAAGGUCCAGAUGGAUCCGUCUGGCUCCUUCUUCGCCACCAGCUGCUCCGAUAAGAACAUCUCCAUCUUCGACUACGAGACCGGCGAGUGUGUCGCCACCCUGUUGGGACACUCAGAGAUCGUCACGUGCAUGAGGUUCAGUCCGGACUGCAGACACCUGAUCACGGCCUCAGGAGACAGUUGUGUGUUUGUUUGGCGGCUGGACUCUCAGAUGACCAGCACCAUGAGGAGGAGGCGGGGCCUCAAGCUCUCCUCCACCGCUGGAACCUGCCGACGCAACCAGCAGAGCAUCAGGAGGGAGACCUUCAUCACCGGACCUUCCUCCCAGUGCCCUCAGAUGGAGGAAGAGGAGGAAGAGGCUGACCUCGGGACUCCAGCGAGGCCGGACUGUGCUCAGGAUGCUCAGCUGCUGCAGACCAACGGGAAGCUCCCCAUGUGGUUCAGGAAACUGCAGGGGCAGGGCGGAGCCUCCACAGCCGCCCAAUCAGCUGCUGAGCCUCAUCGGGUAAGGAACCGGUGGGCGGAGCAUCCAAACCCUCUGACCAUCUGCGCCAACUUGUCCCCGAGUCCCACCAAGAGUCAAGAGGCAGAAGAGGAGGACGAGAAGGAGGAGGAAGGAGAAGAAGAAGAUGAAGAAGAAGAUGAAGAAGAGGAGGAUGAAGAUGAGGACGAAGGAGACUUCCACCCUCAGAGUCUGGAGAGUCUGCUGGGAAACGAGGAGGAGGAAGAGGAGGAGAUUCCAGGUGACAUCAGCAGCUACAUCCUCCACCCAAACACCACCUCAACUCACAGGGAGGUCGAGGUGGGGGCCGUGACCUUUGACCCCCAGCAAGAGGUCAAAGGCCACAAGGUGUGGAGCGCUCAGCUGAGUCCGGACUCCGCCUGCUCCGAAGGCUCAGCGGGGAGCACGGAGCAGCAGCAGGACGCGGACACAGACUCGCUCAGCCAGGGGAGUUCUGUGGGCAGCUCGGUUCUGGAGGACGAAGAGGAAGACGACAACAACUCUCUGAAGAACCACUUUGACACUUUGUCCUCCAGCCUGAGCAACGAGAAGUUUGACACCGACCUGAGGGCCCUGCAGCCUAACCCCCGGGAGGAGGAGAAGGACUACCUGAACCCUCGGCUCAGCAUCUCCACUCGCUUCCUGUCCCGGUUCCAGGACCGGAUCAGGGUGUGGCCGAGCAGAGCCCCGCCCCCCGUCUCCAUCCCGUCCAGAAUCUCCGAGGGGAGCGGCGUGAGCGACACAUCGGUGACCUCUGAGCCGAGAGACGGCGCCUCGACGGAGUCGCCUCGGAACCCCGGCAACAACGUGAAACGCAGCCACUCAGUCCUUUGUCGUACAGCCUCCUCCAUCAUUUCCCAUCAGCCCCUUCGCCGGCCAACACGCCGCCGCCGCCACUCCAUGGUGGUCGUCCAGUGCAGAGAAGCGCUGCGAGACGUCACCUCCAGCGGUCAGGUGACCUCAUCGGCCCAGCAGGGGGCUCUGCUCGGCUACCUUGGAACCACAGCCAGCUCCAGGGCCAAACUGAUCCAGGACCCGCCCCCCAGCCCCCCCCAGGGGGAGGAGAAGGAGAACGUGUGCUCCUCAGACCUCGGUUCUCCUGCUGGUCUGGACCCCCAUGAGGACCAGACCAGCAGCCUCAGGCCGUCGUCACGGCAACCCACAGCCAGCCCAGCGGUGAUGUCACAGGGCGGAGUCAGCAGGUUGAGCAGCGUCAGCAGCGUCAGCAGCGUCGAAGAGACUCUGACGAGUCACAACCAAACCUUCACCCUCAGUCCCUGUGACCUCAUGGGGGGGGCAGGGUCCCACAGCAGAGGCCCCACUGAAAUGGACGCCCCGCCCUCCUCCUCCUCCUCGCCUCUGGUGGAGAAGUCCCGCCCCUUUCAGCCAGGUGAGGAAGAGGAGGAGGAGGAGGAGUCAGUCAGUCUUCAGCAGUGUCAGCAGGUCGCCAACGAGCUGCGACAGACGGCCAGACGAGCCGUGCACCUGUACCAGCAGCUCGGCGUCGCUGAUCGGUGUCUCCAGAUGUCCGCCGUGCUGGAGGGGGCGUUUGCUGUCGUCCACGCCGAGCUGCAAGCGCUGCUGCAGGGGGGCGGAGCCCCGUCCGCGGGGGGGCUGCAGGACGAGGGGACCGCGUCCCUGCUGGAGAAAUACUCUGAGCUGCUGGUUCAGAUGACCCAGAACAAGCUGAAGCGGCUCUGAUUCUGGACCAGGCGGAACGGACCUCACUUUAUCAGUAUUGGAUUUAAAGCACCUUAAGUUAGCGUCUGUUUUCAUCUGUUUUUAAGUGUUUUGAAUAACUGUCACUGUACAUAAAUCCUUAAUAAAUCCUUAAUGUGU